UGCACCUAUUAUUGCAGUGGAGAACAGGUUCACAUGAUGUGCUCAAUGGAAGAACUAUUACCGUCGAUUGGAACACCUGUUCCUUCUCCUUCUGUUCUUGCUGUUGCCCUCUGUCGAUCUGAAGCUACUCUCCAGAAUGUUGGCAAGCUUUAUUCUGACCCACAUGAUGCUUCUUCAAUUUCUCUGGAUUCUGAUACUCCGUUAGAUUGUUGGCAUAAACCUUAUCUCGUUUCGAAGACAUAUCUGAUCUCCAUUACUGAUGAUGGGAAAAUAUGGAACUGGCUGCUGACAGCUGAAGGGGCUACAGAUACUCCGGAAGAUAUCACAAAUUCAAACAUGACAGCUGAUGUAAGUGAAGCGACAGUUCCGGAAAGACACACUAGCUCAAUUGAUACUUCCUCCCAUCGACAUGAAUGCAAUGCAGUGACAGAGUCAGAGCUUCUGAAUAGAAGUUCUAGUAGCAAAUCAAAAUCAGUCCAUAUCUUUGCAGAGUUGUCGUUUAAGAUCAGCUUAGUUGGCCAACUUCAUCUUCUUUCUUCAACAGUGACAACACUAGCAGUACCAUCACCUUCAUUAAUGGCUACUUUGGCCCGCGGGGGGAACCAUCCUGCUGCAGCUGUUCCACUGGUUGUCUUAGGAACUCAAAAUGGAAUAAUUGACGUGAUUGAUGUUUCUGCCAAUGCUGUAGCAGCUAGCUUUUCUGUACAUAAUAGCACUGUUAGAGGAUUGAGAUGGCUGGGAAAUUCUCGGCUGGUUUCAUUCUCGUAUACUCAGGUGAAUGAAAAAGCUGGAGGAUAUACUAAUACACUUGUUGUCACCUGUCUUAGAAGUGGUCUUAAUCGAACUUUUCGAGUCCUACAAAAGCCAGAACGUGCUCCAAUAAGAGCUUUAAGGGCUUCUUCAUCUGGAAGGUAUCUUCUCAUUUUGUUUCAUGAUGCACCUGUGGAGGUGUGGGCAAUGACAAAGAUUCCAAUAAUGCUUAGAUCAUUAGCUCUUCCAUUCACAGUGUUGGAGUGGACACUUCCAACGGCACCACGACCCGUUCAAAAUGGACCUUCUAAGCAAUCAUCAUUUCCCGCCAAAGAGCGUACCAUUGGGGCCUCUGUCUCGGCUUCCCCUACACAUGCAUCUACCGCAGAUAAUAGGACAGCAAGCUCAGAAGGAUCUGCCGAGGACACAUCAGAAAGUUUUUCAUUUGCACUUGUCAAUGGUGCUCUUGGAGUUUUUGAGGUUUCUGGGCGAAGGAUCAGGGACUUCAGACCAAAGUGGCCUUCUUCCUCAUUUGUUUCAUCAGAUGGAUUAGUUACCGCAAUGGCCUACCGCCUUCCUCAUGUAGUUAUGGGGGACAGGUCAGGGAACAUACGAUGGUGGGAUGUAACUACUGGGCUCUCAUCUUCAUUCAACACGCAUAGAGAAGGUAUCCGAAGAAUCAAAUUCUCUCCUGUAGUACCUGGAGACUAUAGCAGAGGACGCAUUGCUGUGCUAUUUUAUGACAACACAUUCGCUAUAUUUGAUCUUGAUACACAUGAUCCAUUGGCUAAUUCCCUUUUACAACCACAAUUUCCUGGAACUCUUGUAUUGGAACUUGACUGGUUGCCUUUGCGAACGGAUAAAAAUGAACCGCUGGUGCUAUGCAUUGCUGGAGCAGAUAGUAGUUUUCACCUUAUCGAGGUUAAUAUUAGUGACAGAAAAUCUGGCUUAAAUUCGCAGCCUAGGACUAUUAAAGAGAGAUUUAGGCCAAUGCCCAUAUGCUCUCCCAUUCUACUUCUUACACCACAUGCCUUGGCACUGCGAAUGAUCUUGCAGUUGGGUGUAAAGCCCUCUUGGUUUGAUAAAUGCAGCGAAACUAAAGAUGCAGUGCCUUAUCAAAUUCCAUUUGCAGCCUCAUCUGCUGCAGACCUUCGGAGUUUUAUGAUUGAUACAGGUCUUCCACCUGUAGGUGACUCUGUGGUGCCGGAAUUGCUUCUCAAGGUUUUAGAACCAUAUAGAAGAGAAGGCUGCAUACUUGAUGAUGAAAGCAUCAGGCAUUAUGCUGCUGUAGUAAACAAAGGUGCAGCUGCCAGAUUUGCCUUUGCUGCUGCUGUCUUUGGCGAAUCAUCUGAGGCACUUUUCUGGUUACAGUUACCUCGUGCUCUUUCACAUUCAAUGAAUAGAUUAACUAAGAAACAUCAUCAGAAAGUUUCAGUAUCUGCAUCAGCAUCAGUUCCAGAGCUUGAAGGCGCAUCUAUGCUAAAUAGGAUAACAUCUACAGGAAAAUCAAUGGCAGGGAGUGAGAAGAGGGAUAACAUUAGUUAUGGUCAACUUAAAUUGAUGGCCUUUGAGCAAGAAGAGCUGUGGGAAAGUGCUAAUGAGCGUAUUCCAUGGCAUGAAAAAUUGGAAGGACAAGAAGCCAUCCAAAACCGUGUACAUGAGCUUGUCUCAGUUGGGAACCUUGAAGCUGCAGUUUCUUUGCUACUUUCUACCCCACCAGAUGACGCUUAUUUCUAUGUCAAUGCUCUACGUGCAGUUGCUCUUUCCUCUGCCGUGUCAACAUCUCUUCAUGACCUUGCUGUUAAGGUUGUUGCAGCCAAUAUGGUGAGAACUGAUAAGUCAUUGUCUGGGACGCAUCUUCUGUGUGCUGUUGGAAGAUACCAAGAAGCUUGUUCUCAGCUACAAGAUGCUGGAUGCUGGACAGAUGCAGCAACUUUAGCUGCAACACAUUUACACGGAUCUGAUUAUUCAAGGGUUUUGCAGAGGUGGGCUGAUUAUGUCCUUCGCACUGAGCAUAACAUCUGGAGGGCUCUGAUAUUGUACAUUGCAGCUGGUGCAUUGCAAGAAGCAUUAGCUGCACUUCGUGAUGCACAGCAACCAGACACGGCUGCCAUGUUUGUUCUUGCUUGCCAUCAGAUCAAUGCUAAGAUUAGCUCCAAAUCAGAAAACCCAGAUGAGCCAUCAAAACCCUCUGCUGAGGGCAGGCAAUCCUUCAUCUUGCCUCACCUGAACCCAGGACAUGAGGAUGUGGUUGCUGUCAGUGAAUAUUAUGGACAGUAUCAGAGGAAAUUGGUACAUCUAUGCAUGGAUUCACCACCAACUUUUGACUGAUAAACUGCAAUGAGUGAAAUCCAUCGAUUAUUUCUGCUGGUUUUUCAUUGCAGCCAGAUAAUCCAAGACCAGGGGAAGAAUGCCAAUAUUUGCUUACCAAGCUCUUAAGCAGGUGUUGUGAAGCAGGUCCUUCCCAAAGCACAUUGUUUUUUACUAUAUCCAAGGGAAAAACUGGCAAGAAGCGGAACCGACACAUCUCCUGAUUUCCUUGGGGGAAUAAUGUCCAAUGAUCAACAACUAAAGUCAUCAAGCUCUGUAUCCCGGGGUUGCUGCAGCAAUAAUGUAAAUGCAUUCUGGUAAAUGGUUGAGUGCUCCAAUUUUGUACAAACAGUGAUUUGGGAUUGUAUUAUGUUCCCCAAGUAGAUUUGAAAUGUUUUGAUGAGCUUCAGGGAAAAUUUUAGUUAAUCCAGUAGGUAGUAUAGAUUUCUUUCCCCUUCCUUUUUCUCUGGAUUUUUGGGCUUUAGUGUCCACAGUGGCUUCGAAUGGUUCUCCCGUAUAGUUCAUUUUUACAUCGUACAUGGAGUCUGCCUUCGCUGGUUCCCCAUUAUUU